UCCAAAUCACGUGACUUGACACAGGCUACACUUCGAGUUUGCAACAAUGGACGACGGCAGGUUAAUUGAAGAGGUGGAGAAACACAGACAAUUGUACGAUCCACAGGAUCCUUGCUAUAAAGAUCCACGAAAAAAGGAGAAAGCAUGGGACUCAGUUGCUACAGCUAUUGGUUAUAAUGGUGAUGAUUGCAAAAGAAGGUGGAAGGUGCUGAGAGAUGCUUUUGUAAAACAUAAAAAACAAAAGCAUCCUCCCAGUGGCUCUGCAGGUGGGACAGUCAAGGAAUGGAAAUACGAGGUAGAAAUGUCAUUUCUACUGCCUCAUUUGAAUCCAAGAAGCUCAAGAUGUUCACUGGAUCCAAUACAACCACUGGAAGACACACAGGACCCCAUUGAUUUGAGCGCAAUAGAGGAGGAUGUGGAGCGCACUGCAACUCCAACAUCACAGAGGUGUAACACCCCAACCCCACCAUCUGGGCCAAUCACAUCAACACCCCACUCCCGAGCUAGUCCCACUCCAGCCCACCCCCGCAUUCAAGCUAUUCUGUCAGAGACUAGACAAAGCACUUCAGCUCAAACAAGACCUGCACGUGACAGGAGAAGACAAGUAGUAAGUGAAGCUGAGCAACAGCUACUGGACAUCAUCUCCAUUCCAACUUCAAAUGUCCCUACUGCGCAAGAGGAGAUGUACUAUUUUGCUUUGAGUUUGUUGCCUAGGCUAAAUAGGCUAUCACGUGAGGCACAGGCCCAGGCCCAAACUCACUUCUUGACAUACCUCACUGAACUGGAGGACAGACAGCUGGCACAGAUGAACACCCCAGGUCCUAUAAGAGGAAGCCACUCUUCCACCUCCACUGCAUUUCACCCUUACAGCCCCACAUUCCAAGCCCGGUCCCAAUAUCAUCCUGUUCCUCCCCAAGAUGACCCUCCCAGGACAUUUUCGGAGAAUCUGUCUGACCCUUUACCCCACAGCUACCACAAUUUUUAAAUAAUGGCAUUAAAUGUAAAUAGUUCAGUUUUGAAAAUUAACAUUAUGUGGAAUAAUGUAUCUGUUUUAGUGUAAAGAAUAGUGUUUUGUUAUUUAA